GUUCAGGACUUUAUAUUGCAUUUUAAAAUGAGCCAACUGUGAGUGAAAAUAUGACAGGAGCAAUAAAACUCCAAUAAAGUGCUUGAGGUUCAGUGUUAAAAGUUAUGUAAAAAUACAAUAAAAAUAAAGAGAAGAAAAUCUCUUUAGUGAACUUAUAGGAAAGUUUGGUGAAAUCAACCUUUCAGUUUCGAUAAGUAUUAAAGAAUAGGACUAACUGUGCUCUGAGCUUUUGUUACUGUCAACAAAUCCAAUUAAAACACCAAACAGUGUAAUGUUUGUUGUUUCUAAAGGCUUAUCAAAACUCCCCAAGUCAUAUGUUCCUGUGAGACAUAAGGCUUUAAAAACUAGUCAAAACUGUUUCUGCUGCAGUAAUUUUUUAGCACUAAAGCUGGAAUAAACUGGUGCAUUUGUUGGCUAUUUCCAGGAUCUGGUGCCACAAGGUUUACUGUGACAGUGCUCAUGUUGAUUGUAAUGAUGGAGCUUGUCAGCUCUACAGUAAUGUGGCUCACUGAUGUGCUCUUCAUUUUUUAACGAGGUCUGUGACACGCGGGAACAUUCACGGUUUCCUGCCUUUUUUCUCUCUCUCUGUUUCCUGCCCUUCGGCUGCAUUUUAAAAACCUGGUUUCCGUAAAAAAGAGUGGAUAUUUGUUAAAAUCUCACAUUCCAGUAAACAGUGGUGUGGUGUGUCUUCCUCCCUGUGGUUUUCCCACAGGGUCUGUCCAUCUCCGCUGCCCUCCCCACCCCAGCUGUCUGGCUGUCUCAUCCUUUUUGCAUUCUCUGACUCACUUGGGGCAACAUCUGGACAGCUCUGAAGUGCCUAUGCUGCUGUGUGCAUGCAUGUACGCACUGCUUUCUCCCACACGUUGUUCUGGUCUGCACUGUAGCGCCGUAAACCAAUAGAAAGAGGCCGAGGUCAGAGUCUCCUUCCUUGUUGGUCAGCCAGGAGGUUCAGCUGACAUGUGAAGUUAGCGUCCAGCAGUUGUCCGUCUGCGACCUCGGGGGGUCCGGCUGAUGCAAACGCCAGCUGAAAUUAGCUGUUUCUCUCCGUGGACGUGAUGUGGGGGCAACAGCAGGGCUGGUGAGAAGAUGCAGAGUUGAUGGCAACGGCGAGGUUCUUGCAGGAGAAAGGAUGAAGACGCUGCAGUGAGAGAAGCAAAUAGGACGGCCAGAUGAAGGAAAGUAUGUGAGGGAGUAUUUUUGUUAAGAGAGAUUGUGGAGGUGCUAAGAUAAUGGACAUUAGGAGUAGGAAGGAUUCAGAAAAAGCAUAGAGGUGAAAAAGAGAGAACCUUUUAAACAAAGGGCGUGAGAUGAAUAGAAGAUGACAUGUAGGUGUAGAAAGAAAUUAGCACAAAGAGGGAAUUAGUGAGGAACUAAACAAGUGUGACAAGAAGGAAGGCGUCCAAUUCUGCAUAGCGCAAAGAGAGCUGUAAAAAUAGAGAAAUAUUGUAUGUGGAUCCUAACAAAGAUGAAAAAGUGCGAGAGAGGAGGUUGAGAAGAAAAUUAGAGGGAAGAGAAAACCUGCAUGGGGCUGGCUGGAGGGAGGCAGAGUUGUAAACACAAGGGCUGGAAAGACAGCGAGGGAGAAAGUAGAGAACCGCUGCCACUUGAUGGAAAGCUGCAUAGCAGCGAAUGGAUGUGCCACAGGAUGGAGAGGAAACUUCAGGCUGAGCAAAGGAGAAAGAAAUAGAAGCAUGUCAUCACCCGCACCAUGAGGGCUUCAAAGAUUGAGGCUAAGGAGGCUUGUGAUUGGCUUAGAGCAGCAGGGUUUCCACAGUAUGCCCAGCUUUAUGAAGAUUCCCAGUUUCCGAUUGAUAUUUCCUCGGUGAAAAGGGACCACGACUUUUUGGACCGGGAUCUGGUAGAGCCUCUGUGUCGACGUCUAAAUACUCUGAACAAGUGUGCCUCCAUGAAACUGGAUGUCAGCCACCCAAAGAAGAAAGGUGAAGACUCUGAUGAAGAUGAUCCGUUGGCCAUCAGCAAAAGGUGGACGUUCGAGUGGAACAGCAGGCGCUGGUCUCGCCUACAAGACUUCCUGUUGGACAGCACCACUGAAAGCAGCCCGACAGGUCAGGGGGAGGGUCUGCACAGCACAGUGAGCAGCGAGAGUGUGCUGACCGACCUGAGCGAGCAGGAGAUCACAGAGAUCUCCUCGCUCCACAGUGAGGACUCCGCCUCCGCCAUGCCAGACUCCAUAUCCAUGGCGUCCCUCUCGGCUUCCUACCAACCACCGAGGGAGCUUCCGCACUACAACUCCCUGCCCAUCAAGAGCAGCCGCCACGGGCAAGGAGGGCGGAGUAAAGCCAAGGAGUUUUUGCGGCGGAUGGAAAUCAUGCGUACCUGGGGGCCGUCGACGAGGUGGAAAAGCUCAAAUCGAAGGCCGCCGCUGGUCAUCAGCGGGCCAGUGCUGCAGGGGGAGGAGCCUCAGGCGCUGCAGAUGCUCCAGUGUACGCCCAUCAGCCAAUUAGAGCACAGCCCCAAACACAACCACCAAACUGAUGGUGACACAUCUCCUGUCCCCAUCAGCAAGGAUUGUACAGACCUAUCCAUGAUGAGCGUGAGCCCCAGCAAAGAGACACCGGUGCCCAGCGUGAAGGAGCCUGUAUGUACAAAACCCCGCACUGCCAGCAAGAGAAGCAGCAUGUAUCUGGAGGAUAUGGAGUUGCUUUCUCAGAGUAAGAGGACUGAGGGUCAGAGCCAGUUUGGCAGAAACCAAUUUCACUCAUAUGAAAACCUCCUCAUUCAUAUCCCCAAAGACCAUAAACCAGGCACCUUUCCAAAAGCCCUGUCCAUAGAAAGCUUGGCGCCUUCCCCCAGUGACAGGAACAUUGCUUCACAGACACGUGCCCAGACUUCUCCAUCUGGCAAUGGCCUGGGCGAACACUGGUCUGGUAAACCUUUGUCCAAACCCUGUCCUGGAGCUCCACGGGGCAGCAGGGUGAGCGUUUACGACAACGUGCCCGGCUCCCACCUGUAUGCCAGCACAGGAGACCUACUGGACUUAGAGAAAGAGGACAACCUGUUUCCUCACCUGGACGACAUCAUCCAGCACGUCAGCGGCUUGCAGCAAAUAGUGGACCACUGGAGUCGCAGCGUGAUGCCCGAGGGGGACACAGCGGAGGGGGAGGAGGAAGCGGAGGGCAGGACCACCCCCAGCGAAGGCGAGAGAGAUGGGGUCUCCCUCAAUGACACUGAUUCGACGGGCACCAGUAGGGAGAGGCGGGACUCCGGAGUCGGGGCCUCCCUGACGAGACCGCGUCUGCGAUGGCCCAGUUUCAGAACCUCUGAUCAUCUCAACCAGCCAGCAUCUUCUCUGCAGAUCAACAGCCAAUCAGCAGGCCAGCUCAGUCUGCUGCAGAAGUUUUCUCUGCUCCGGCUCACCGCCAUCAUGGAGAAAUACUCAAUGUCUAAUAAACAUGGCUGGACGUGGUCUGUGCCCAAGUUUAUGAAGCGCAUGAAGGUGCCUGACUACAAAGAGAAGAGUGUUUUCGGUGUUCCCCUCAUCGUCCAUGUCCAGCGCUGUGGGUUUCCACUCCCCCUGUGUUUACAACAAGCUCUCAGCCACCUCAGAACACACUGUCUGGACCAGGUGGGAUUGUUCCGCAAGUCCGGCGUCAAGUCUCGUAUUCAGGCUCUGAGGCAGCAGUGUGAGUUGUCCCCAGACUGUGUGAGCUACGAGGAUCAGUCAGCGUAUGACGUGGCCGACAUGGUCAAACAGUUCUUCAGAGACUUGCCUGAACCUCUGCUGACAAGCAAGCUGGGGGAAACCUUCCUGCACAUUUACCAGUAUGUCCCAAAGGAGCAGAGGUUGCAGGCCGUCAGGGCGGCCAUUUUGUUGAUGCCUGAUGAAAACAGGGAGGUCCUGCAGACGUUGCUCUACUUCCUGUGUGAUGUCACUUCCUUGGUGGAGGAGAACCAGAUGACGCCGAUGAACCUGGCAGUUUGUCUGGGACCAUCGCUCUUCCACCUCAGCAUACUAAAGAACGAGACGCUGUCACCGAGGUCAAUCCAGAGGAAGUACACCACAGGCCGUCCCGAUCAGAAGGACUUAAGUGAGAACCUGGCUGCCACCCAGGGCCUAGCCCACAUGAUCACUGAGUGCCAGCGUCUCUUUCAGAUCCCCGAGGAGAUGGUGACCCAGUCUCGCAACUCCUACAUGGAGGCAGAGCUGAUGGUGCCCCCGCUGGACGAGCUUUGCAAGGCUCAUGAGGAAGAAGUGGAUGAGGACGAGGAAGAAGAAGACGAGGAAGGAUCCUAUCACGCGCACUUAGAAAGGCUGAUCCAGACCCUGCUGAAAGAGGCCAAAGAUAAGAGCAAAGGCUGGGUGUCUCGCUCGACUAUUGACCACACAGAACUGGCAUUUAAGAAGGUGGGAGAUGGUAACCCUCUAAGACGGUGGCGAGUUUGCAUUGAGGUGUCGGCAACUCCCACUGAGGUGCUGCAGCGGCUGCUGAGGGAGCGUCCGCUGUGGCAGACCGAACUCCAGCAGGAGAAGAUUCUGGAGACACUUGACAAACAGACAGACGUGUACCAGUACUCCUGCUGCAACAUGGCACCUCAACCCAGCUGUGACUAUGUGGUACUAAGAUCCUGGCGUACAGACCUGUGCAAAGGCUCCUGCGCUCUGGUGUGCGUGUCUGUCGAGCAUGACGACAGCCCACGCAUGGGGGCCGUGAGGGGGGUCGUGCUGGAGUCGCAAUACCUCCUGGAGCCCUGUGGGACGGGCAGGACCAGGCUCACGCACAUCUCCAGAGUGGACCUCAGGGGAAGAUCUCCAGAAUGGUACAACAGAGCAUUUGGUCACCUGUGCGUCAGUGAAGCCCAAAGGAUUCGCUCCUCUUUCCUCCCUUUAGAUCAGAUGAGCCCCGAGGCCAAAAGCUGAACCCCAGCAGUCGUGCUUUAUUAUGGGUCACAGUGCCGGAGCAGCUGGGCCUGAGAAGCAGUGACCCAGGAGGGUAAUCAUGGACUUUAGUGUCUUUUCAAGGUGCUGAUUGACAGGGAGCUUUACUGUACAAUACUGUAUCGAAUACAAACACACACACACGGAAGGACACACACUAGAAAGAGUAUUUUUUUGCCAUUUUUUUUCAUCAGGUGUCUUUCAACAACACAUCAUUACUUAUUUAUGUCAUAAAUUAUAUUUUCCAAGCCAUUUUUAUUAAACCACACAACCCACGUCGGUUUCCGGUUCUAAAUGUGAAACAAGCAAUACGAGUGUCUUUGAAUAGCCAUUGAUGUUUCCUAAAAUUAGCUUGCAACCUUGUUGAGGUGUGUAGACAGAAAGAAUUAUCAUUAUUUAUUGCUUUGUUUCAUUCAUUCAAAUCCUCAAUGUCUAAUACAACAUCUAGAAAAGAAAGGUUCAAUAAAACAGCACCAGCAGGUAAGAUGGUUGCUAUAUUGGUUGGGGUUAUGUUUAAUCUGACAUAUUAGGUAUUGUAAUAGGGUGAAUACCUGAAACACAUAACUAAAGCUGAUUUUAUAAUAUGUACAAUCAAAAAUUGCACAAAAGUUAACCUUAUUCUAAGAAAUCUGUCUAAACUUUGUGUCUUUGACAUGUCACAUGGCCUGCCAACAGAAUAUACAUGACAAAUAUGGUUGAAACUAUUUGCAACGGUUGUUCUUUUCUAAAUGAUUAUUGACCAUACUUGAAAAAGCAGGAAACAUCCAGCCCCGAUCUGAUUUUAUCACGUAAAUAUCGACCAUAUGUAAUAUUGUAGCUAACGUAAACUGGACAUCCCUGAUCUACAUCAGCCUUUAUACUCCUUCUACAAAGCUGUUGACUUCCAUAUUCACAUUUAUAUAUGCAGUCAUUAUACUGCAUUCUACAGAUACUGUAAAGAUGCAAAAACCUCUGUGCUCUAAAAUCUACCAGAACAAUAUGGAUAUGUGUCAGCACUAUGUUGUGAAACGUGCACUAGUUUCAGGAAAAGCCGAGUACAUGAGGGAUCUGAAUCACAUAAAGGGGAAACACUCAUCGGGUCCAUAAAUGUGCUUUGGAUACAUUGUGUUUGAGUUCACUGUUGAUUUAGUUCUCUGUCACUAUUUUCAGUGUUAAUCUUAUCUAAGUGAAACACCAUUUUAAAGUUAUUAUUGUCAUUAUAUCUCUGUAUAUGGUAUUACCGUUACUUUUAUUACUUUCUGCUGUCAUCUUAUACAAUGUCUAAGACAUGUGACCAUUUCACUGCUUCUGGGAAGCAUGUUUGAAAUUUUGCGUGUAUGCGUGCGUGCAUGGUUGUGCCCGUGUAUCUGCAGUUUAAACAUAUGUACAGCCUGUAUUGUAAAUAUCUGCAACGCUUUCUGUGCCAGCAGAUCAGACAUCAUAGUUUUUCAGGGUCUUCCUAUCAUAUUGAUAUGCUGAAAUGUGAAACUUUCCAAACACCAUCCUUUACUAGAGCAAUAGCAGACUCGAGCUCGCUUUGCCAUGGCACCGCCUUGGCUCUCUUUGUUUCAGCUGUAGGCAGCGUUGCUAUGGUGUUGCUAUGAUAUAAUAUCUCUACAGUGCCACCGUAAUCCUGCGUGGAUGCCUUUUUGCUGGGGAUCAGAGUGUGUGUGUGUGUAAAUAUGUGUGUAUGAGAGAGACAAAAAAAGACAAAGAGUGAGUGACUCUGACGUGAGCUCUUGACUGUGUGUGGAGAGGCUCCAAAUCUAGCUGAGUAGCUGAGACCAGGGUGAUUUGUGCUUGGUUGUUUCUGACAAAGUGACAGAAAACAGAACCAUCAUUUCUAAAUGAGAGAAUAAAAAAAUCUAAAACUUCAA